CCCAAGCUCCACAGCAGAUCAUCUCCCACAGUAGUUUGCGUUAAGCUGCCCGUACAGCGCCGAGGCGGACGCGCUCACAUCCGCAUACGGCUUUCCCGAAACCUAAAGGCAUCCUGGACCUCUCUCAUUUGCUCUCUCAUCUCAAUACCCACAGCAACAACCACCACAACCACCUCCCAAUUAUCACAGCACCACCGCAACCAUGGACUCCUCCUCGCGCGGCCAACCGCGCGUGAAAAACAAAGCCGCCGCGCCCAUCCAAAUCACAGCCGAGCAACUCCUCCGCGAAGCCGUCGACCGACAAGAUGACAAGAUCAAAGCGCCGACGCAGCGCUUCGCCGACCUGGAGGAGCUGCACGACUACCAGGGCCGCAAGCGCAAGGAGUUCGAGGACUACAUCCGCCGCAACCGCAUCAACAUGAACAACUGGAUGCGGUACGCGCAGUGGGAGCUCGAGCAGAAGGAGUUUCGGCGCGCGAGGUCGAUUUUUGAGCGCGCGCUCGAUGUCGAUAGCACGUCUGUGGUCUUGUGGAUUAGGUACAUUGAGUCGGAGAUGAAGCAUCGGAAUAUCAAUCAUGCGAGGAAUCUGCUGGAUCGCGCCGUGACGAUCCUGCCGCGCGUGGAUAAGUUGUGGUACAAGUAUGUGUAUAUGGAGGAAACGCUGGGGAAUAUCGAUGGCGCGAGGGCCGUGUUUGAGCGCUGGAUGUCGUGGGAGCCCGACGAGGCGGCGUGGUCGGCGUAUAUCAAGAUGGAGAAGCGGCACGGGGAAAUCGAGAGGGCGAGGGCGAUAUUCGAGCGGUUUACCAUGGUACAUCCCGAACCCAAGAACUGGAUCAAGUGGGCCAAGUUCGAGGAGGAGAACGGCAGCAGCGAUCUGGUUCGGGAGGUCUAUGGCACAGCGGUGGAAACAUUGGGCGACCAUUUCAUGGACGAGAAGCUAUUCAUGGCGUAUGCGAAGUUUGAGGCAAAGCUAAAGGAGGUGGAGCGAGCGAGAGCCAUCUAUAAAUUCGCCCUGGAUCGCAUGCCACGCGCGAAAUCCGCAAAUCUACACAAGGCAUUUACGCAGUUCGAGAAGCAGUAUGGCGACCGCGAAGGCAUCGAGGACGUCAUAUUAUCCAAACGGAGAGUGCACUACGAAGAACAAGUCAAGGAGAACCCCAAAAACUACGACGCCUGGAUCGAUUUCGCCCGGUUAGAAGAGACGUCUGGCAACACGGACCGCGUGCGCGACGUCUACGAGCGAGCCAUCGCCCAGCUCCCACCGACUCAGGAAAAGAGACACUGGAGACGAUACAUCUACCUCUGGCUCUUCUACGCCGUCUACGAAGAAACCGUCUCCGGCGACAUUGAGAGGACGCGGCAGAUCUACCAAGAAUGCAUCAAGCUCCUGCCCCACAAACGCUUCACCUUCGCCAAAGUGUGGCUCAUGGCCGCCCAGUUCGAAAUACGGCAGGGCCAACUGACGACCGCGCGGAAAUACCUGGGCCAGUCGAUAGGCAUGUGUCCCAAGGAUAAGCUGUUCAAGGGGUACAUUGAGCUGGAAAUGAAGCUCUUCGAAUUCGGCCGCUGCCGCCAACUCUACGAAAAGUACCUCGAAUGGAACCCUACGAAUUCGCAGGUGUGGAUCAAGUUCGCCGAGCUGGAGCGCGGGCUCGACGACCUCGAUCGCACGCGCGCCAUCUACGAGCUCGCGGUCGAGGAGCCGCAGCUCGAUAUGCCCGAGCUGGUGUGGAAGUCUUAUAUUGACUUCGAAGAGGAGGAGGGCGAGUACGAGCGUACGCGGAAACUGUACGAGCGGUUGCUGCAGAAGACGAGCCACGUCAAGGUCUGGAUCAGCUGGGCGCAAUUCGAGAUUAGCGUCCCGGACGCUGGUGCGGAGCAGCAGCAAGAGGGCGAGACGGAGGAGGACAGACCCGUCAGCGACGAGGCGAAGGCGCGGGCACGCAGGAUCUUUGAGAGGGCGCAUAAGACGAUGAAGGAGAAGGAUCUGAAGGAGGACCGAGUGGCGCUGCUGAAUGCAUGGAGGGACUUCGAGACGACGUACGGGUCUGCCGAGGAUGUGGAGAGGAUCGAGAAGCAGAUGCCGCGCAAGGUCAAGAAGAGGAGGAAGCUGGAUGACGAUUCGUUUGAGGAGUACCUCGAGUAUGUGUUCCCGGCCGACGACGAGAGUGCGGCCAAGUUGUCCAAGUUUAUGGCGAAUGCGUACAAGUGGAAGGCGGCGCAGAGUGCGGGGUCGUAGGUGAUGGAGGUGUUUGGAGUGCUGGAGCGACUAUGGUACAUGCGAAGUUGCCUGUGGUAUAAUGAUUGUUCUCGAAAGUAGUCAUAG